AUGGAGAAAAAUGCGACAUACAUUUGUGAUGAUUGCAAAGAAAAUAGAUAUGCCAGUGAAAAUAAAUCAAAACUUUUUGAAUGGGUGUUUUCAUUAAAAUCCCCAUUCCGCUGUACUAAAUGCUCAAAGUACUUCAGCAUAGCAUUCAAAGUUACAGAUAAAAUAUCAUUGCUUGACCCGUCAAAAAAUUCAGAGCAAGAAUUAAUUGCUGGGCAGUGUGAAAACGUGUGUAGCGAUGAAGGAUCUAGGAACGAACCUAAAAUCGAAGAAAACCAGCCAAUCGAUUUAAAUCAGAAACUGUACAAAUGCGAUAUUUGCCUUCGAACAUUCACAACUAGAUCAAACCUUCGAAGCCAUAAGAACGUACACAAUGAGAAUAAUCCUUUCAAAUGCACGGUGUGUGAUACGCAGUGUACAUCUAACGCCCAUUACCUGAUCCACAUGAACAAACAUUCCAACGAAAGGCGUUAUAAAUGCAGUAUUUGCACUAUGGCUUUUAAAUAUAAAUGUAGUCUUCAGGCCCACAUGAGCAUACAUAAUAAGCAAAAUCCUUUCAGGUGUGAAUUGUGUAAAAAGAGUUGUACCACUAGACAAGAUCUUGAAAGACACAUGUCUAGUCAUUCGAAUGAAAAGCAUUACAAAUGUUCUGUAUGUACUACGAUGUUUAAAACUAAAAAUAGCCUUUCGAUUCAUAUGAACGUACAUAAAGAGCAAAAUCCUUAUCGAUGCCAAGUGUGUGAUAAAAACUGCUCCUCCACAUUCAAUCUGAAAAUGCACAUGUUGACUCAUUCCGGAGAAAGACCUUACAAAUGCCAUAUUUGCAAUUCAUCCUAUAAAGCAAAAUAUCAACUUAAUGCUCACAUGAAGAAGAAACAUCAAGAGGAUCAUUUGAAAUAA